CUAAAGCGAAGAAGUCGACUAACUCAACAUGGACUCUGCAGUUUGUUUGUUUUAGUUUAGUACAAUCAAAUCUAGAACAGCUGAGUAAAAACUGUCAUCAAAUACAGACGAUAUAAUAAUCUACACAACGCGUUUGACCAACACGAAUAAUCGUGUUCGGUGAGAAGCCUACUCUGUGUUGUUUGGGAUUAUUUUGAAGAAGUCGAUCCGGAAUGGGUGUUUUGCCUGCUGUGUAAAGAUGAAGUGUGUGAAGUUACCGUGAACACGACAGACAUGGUAACACACCCCGAAGAGGCUGUCAUGGAACUUGGUCGGACAGAAGGGCGAGAAACUUCGACUGGCCAACAGCCCAUGGACACUGAUUGUGAACAAGAGACAGCGUACCUGGUUGAGGCAGACGCCAACGUCGUCACUGUAAACAACUCUUACCUAGAUUCUUCACUAAACAGCAUCCUUGUAGCUACGCAGGGAGAGCCCAUGGAAGAAAGAAUAGUCGAAGAAGUCAUGGUCAAAAAUCUGCUUCCUUCAAAGACCAAAUCGCAGCGUCGGAGUUUGAUAUGGAGGCACUUUAAACGUUUGGAAAGUUUGGAUACUUGUCAAUGUUUGAUUUGCAAUAAGAAGAUAAAGUGCUCUGGUGAGGGCAGCACCAGCAACUUGCACAGACACAUUUCAAAGUUACACCCGCAUGUGAAUUUGCUAUCAGGCGAGGUGCUGAAUCAGCCAGCAUCUUUUCAUACAAAGUCAGAUCAUCGUAGGAAGACAUGUCCAGCAAAGGUCACCAAGGAUGUAGCAGUUUCAGAUGUGCUGCAGGUUUCACAGGCAACUGCAGGAGAGCGGUGUCUUUUUAGGAGGGAGCUGGAGUUGAUAGAAGCUCUGAGAAGGACACAAAGGGAGGAAGCACAGGCUCUGGCCCAUCAGAGGGAGCUUGUCGGGAAGCUGAGGGCUGUCAGCGCCAGAGAGGUGGCGUUCGAGAAAGAGCAAAUUGAAUCUCUCAGGAGAGCACAGCAAGUGGAAGCCCAACAUUUAAGCAAACUGAGGGAAGAGCUGGAGACAGAAAAGGCGGCAUUGCAGAGGAAAUAGGAGCAGCUGGAGAAAAAGGAGGAACUAUGGUUUUCCAGCGAACAUUCCAACCUCUUUCUCACUAAAAGUGAUAUAUCUUUUAUUAUGAACUAGUUUGGCAACCUUGCCAAUGUCUUUCUUAGUUUUUUAAAUAAAAUAUGCAUUUUCGACUGGUA